AUGUCCACCGAACAAGCCAUCAAGACCGAGGAGCAGAUUCCACUCACCGCCACCACCGAGACCCCAGCCGAGACCACCACUGAAGCAGCCGCCGUCGUUGCUCCAGAAGAGCCAAAGCCAAAAAAGAACUGGUUCCAAUUUGGAAAGAAGAAGGCUGCUGCUUCCGUUGACGAGGCCAAUGUUGAGGAGGGAGCCGCUGCUGGCGAUGCUGAGGAGAAGCCGCUGAAAGAGAAGAAGAUGGGAUGGUGGUCAAAGUGCAAGACCAAGAAGUGCGAGAAUGAGCAGAAGGAAGACCACAUCGCCAUCGGCAUGGACUUUGUCAACCGCGACCACAAUGGACUCAACAACCACGUCCAGCACAACUUUGACGACAUCUUCGGCGAGGCCGACUCUCAACACACUUGGGAAUUCAUGUGGCGUCUCAACGCCAGUGUCUUCAACUGGGUUCGCCUGUUCGUCUACCGUUUCUUCACAAUCCUGGCUCUUCCAUUCACACUUCUCUUCGCCAUCUUCUUUGGAUUCUUCGCCGCCGUCAAUGUGUUCGUCAUUGUGCCAUUUGGAAAGCUCAUCUCAAUUCCUGGAAACCUUUUGGCCAAAUUGUGGAACUGGCUCGUGCACGCUGUCUUCGAUCCAGUCGCCUCGGCCGUCGGACUCAUCUUCUCCAACUUCAACAUCAGAAAGUACGGUAUCAACCAGGAAACCACUGCACCAUGUGUCUAA